AGUUUCCAGCAUAGGCUGUGAGGUUACCAUGGAGAAAAGCCCAGAGCCUGGCAUUGGGUCAUUUAGUAUCUGCGUGUGCAUAAUGUAUUAAAGAGAGAGUGCACAGCAAUCAGCCUCUGCAGACACAACAAACCUCCUCCAAGCCCUGCUGAGAAGAUUGCACUCUGAAGCGACAUUCAAUCCCAGUAUGUACAUCAAAUUUUGUAAUUUCGGGCCCUAUGCGGAUGUGAAAGUGUCUGGGGAACCAAAGGAGGAAUCUAGUACAGAUGUGUACAGACGAGUUCGUAUGUACAAGAGGAUUUCUGCUCUUUUCACCAUUCUCUCUAUAGUCCUACUGGCUGUGGUUUUUGCUCUGGCUAUGAAGUUAACUGAAGUUCAGUCCAUCCAGAAGUGUCCGGAGUCAUUUGCAGUGAAACAACUUGAUGACUUGAACUGCAGCCGCCAACUGUGUCAGGCCAUGUACCCUUCAGUGCAGGCUGCCCAACACCACGUGUAUCGGUGCGCUCAGUGUGAGCCGGGCUGGAUAAAGUUUCAGAACUCCUGCUACUUUAAAUCUAAGGAGCGUCUAAACUGGCAGGAGAGCAGGGAGGCAUGUCAGAAACAGGACGGAGACCUGGCUGUUAUCUACAGUGAAGAUGUGCAGAAAUUUCUGUCUGAGAAUGAGGGUCUGCUGUACUGGAUUGGGCUUCGCUAUGUGGAUAAGAAAACAUGGAAAUGGAGUGACGAUAAAGAACUAACCAAGAGCUACUGGGCCACCGGCCAGCCGAAUCUAGACUCUCAAGGCUACUGCACACUGCUGAGAGGACGGGCAGCACACAUGAGCAACUGGUAUACAAACUAUUGUGAAGCGAUUUCACAGUAUAUCUGCCAGAAAAAUUAAAGCAGAGAAGGAUCGAACCAUCACAAAUAAUACACCUGCUCUAUUUGCCUCUAAUCACCAUUUACUUGCAGUAACAUAAAUCAGUACAUUAAACAAUCUUGUUCUUUGAUGCACAAUCAAGUAGUCAUGCAUUGUAUUUUUCACUAUUGCGAAUGCUGAAUGUAUUUGUUGAAAGUGACACCUUUUACUUAGUUUUUUAUUGCACUGCUGCAAUUCCUAAGUACAUUUCUGGGUAGCUGCUUUUAAAGUAUGUAGUAAGAUACCAGUGAGUAUCAGUAGUGAGUAAUCAGUUAUGACUUUACAGUGAUUUGAUUAAAAAUUUUACUGUUUUAUAUGCUUUUUAAUGCAAGCUUUUUAACCCACACAUUCUGUCAUAUGAUUUUUCACUCAAUAAAAUAUUCUAAUGAUUGCUCAUCAA